AUGGGCUGUCAUCCAUCGAAAGCCGAUUUUCAUCAAGAUGCUCACUCAGAGCUCUUUAGACCACCGGCUCCGAUUCCUGUGGAUAUUGGAUCCGCGAUAAGGAAUCAACUACAGAAAAAUACGAAUUCAAUUGUUUUUAUUUUUGGUGGUCCAGCUUCUCAAAAGGGAUCGAUUAUAGAGGAAUUGACGAGUUCAUUCAAUUUUACAUCCAUUUCUGUAGAGGAUAUUGUAUUUCAAUAUUUGCCGUCGAGACUCAGUGGAACUGGAACUCAGAUCAAGGAUAUUCAAGAGGCGUUGAGGAAUGACGAAGGAAUGUUAUCAAUCGAUUGGGUUCUUGAAAUGAUAUCCAGUCGGAUCAAGGUGGCAAUGAAUCAGCGAUUCGUUGUUGAUAUUGUUCCGGCAGUUUCCUCAAUUUUAAAAGCGGAAGAGUAUCGGGCGAGAUCACAUGACAGACAGUUGAAUCAGUUCGAGAUGAAGCACCCAAUUGCAUUUGCAAUUGAUGUGAAUGUAAAGGAUGAGCAGAAUUUGACGAGAUUGAAUGGAGAAGCUGCAAAUGGAAAAGACGAGGAUAGUAAACGAAUUAAUCCAGAGUUGAAUCAAAUGAUGAGAGGAGCUGAUGAUAUUGAUAGAGGCAAAUUAGAGAAAAGAAUAGCCGAAUAUCACACUUGUGCCGAGCCAUUCCUCCAAUACUUCCGACGUUCGAAUCGUGUUAUUUCAAUGUCUUUGACUGCUGAAGCUGUACCAAAUCUAGUGAAUACAACAAGAGAAACUCUGCUGAAACUCGGUUUUACUAUGGCUAGAAAAGAUGAUCAUAUCAUUUGUUUUACUACAGAAACGACACAUGAAGACAUCGAUCUGACUUAUUACAAAUUGAAGAUUGUGAAUGCAGGAGAAUUGAGUAGAGCAAGUGAUAAUUUGAACGCUCAAAUCUCUGCAGUCUAUCGAUACAUCGCAAGUCACAACAGACAUGAUGACAACUUUCUUGUCGUUGUUCCAAGUUUCAAAGUUCAAGACGCAGGGAAAUUCAAACGAAUAAACUUCAUGGAAAAGAAGAAAGAAGUUUAUUUGGAUGAAUUUAUUAAAAACAAACAACACGAUAAACCGCCUAAAAUCAGAACCCGAAUAGCAGUGAAUUGUAUCUCAUCUUCUCGUCAAUUAUUCCUUUUCUUCGAACCAUUUCCAACAAGUUUCGCUCAAAGUAUUUCUCUUCUUUAUCUCAAACUGCAUCUCCGAAGUCUUCGUCAGACCAUUGAGUAUCAUCACCGAACUGAAGAGAAAAUUAUUUUAAAAAUAUCUAGAAAAAUUCUUGAGCAGGUGCGGGUGAAGGUUCCCGAAUUGGCGAUGGCUGGCGAACUGGAGAUGGCUGACGAACAGGUGAUGGUUGACGAGCGACCGCUGGCGAUACUGGUGCCUUCAACUGUUGUUCCGAUGACCUUGGAGCAUUCUUCAGCACGGCUUGUCCUUCAUCAGUGA